ACUUUAUCGACUUUUAAUUUUCGGGCUGGUAGCAUCGCUCGCACUAUUAUGCCAAAUAUAUGUAUUGUAUAAACACAAGUUUUAGGCAUAUAAUAAUCGCAUGUUUAUAAAAAGUGUCGUUUAAAAUAUAUUAAUAUUGUAUUUAGUUGAAUAUCUUAUAAUGUUGAACCAAUGCGCCGACGAUGAUGUAGUAGAAGAGAUUCCCGUUUUCCUGUCGAAGAACCUUCAGGAGAACUUAUAUCUGUUCCAGUACCCGACAAAGACGCAAAUAAGCAACUUUGAUAAUUCGGCUGUGGUAAAUUGUUGUGUAAAACCACUGAAUCAAGAAGUAAAAGUAGACUUCGCAUUAAAUACAGAGUCUCAUUUCUAUGAUCGGUUUAAAGGUGAGCAAUUCGCUUUGGCUUCUGAUGGUAAAUGUCAAAUGAAAGGUGAACGUCCUACAUAUAAAAGGGGCAUUAUGGACAAACAGUCGUUUACUAGCACAUGUUCGGUGGAUGAUGUUGAUAGAUACGUAGUUGGCAUCAUUUCCGAUAAAGAGCUGCAUUUGACGCCUCUAGCAAGCAUAUUACAAUUACGGCCCUCAUUAUCGCAUUUUGAUAAGGAAGACAAACGUAUAAAGGCUGAACAAAAAGCGCUCAAUGAUGAAGAUGACGAAGAAGAGUUACAACAAGUUACCGUCAAAUUUGCAAAAACUGGUGUUGGUAAUAAAAAAACGAAAACUAAAGAGAAGCAAGGAUAUGCAAAUUUUGUAAAACGAAGCAAUGAAGAAUCAUGGUGCGAGACAUAUUGGCAUCCGCGAAAAUCACCCACAGCAGAACUUGAAAGACAAAAGUUAUUCGCAACAAACCAACAAAUAAACUUAGCUUUAGAAUUAGAUUCACAUAAGUACGUGAAGAAACUUUUACCGGACGAUGGAAAAGAUCAAGGAAUAGAUGCUGUCCUCCCACCUACGGUCAUCAGCAAAGCUCGUCUAAAGUCAAUGCCUCUUGUAGACCAACUCAAAGUAAUUCUAAAAGAUGUACGAAUGAUGAGUUUUGAGGAUAUAUGUUCAAUACUUCAGGAAUGCAGUGACUCUAGUGUACCAAGUGAAAAAGUACUACGUGCUCUACCCCAAGUUGGAGUAUUAAUCCAUGGAAAUUGGGUACCUCAAUCGGAUAUAAUUUACCCUGCCGAUACUCUAUCUAACUCAAAUGGUGUAUCAUCUGAAUUAAUGAUACGCGCUCGUGAUUAUGUGCUUUUUAGAUUUUCCCGUGUAAAAUACCUUUACCGCCGCCAAGUAAUUUCGGCUACACAACUACCGCCCGACGAAGCUGCGGAGGUUCUACAUUCAGUUGCACGACUAAAUUCUGAAAAAAAGUGGGAGUUGCUCGUCACACCCAACAAAGAAUUUGAACAAAGAUAUCCGGAACUUGUACAACGACAGGAAAUGGUGUGGCGUGCGACAGAACAAACUUAUAAUGAGAUGGAUUUUGAAAAGUCGCCCAAGCGUUCUCGAAAAAGGUCAAUUCGAGAACUUAAACUACAGCCUUCCCAAUCAUCUCAAGGGGAAUUCUCCUAAGAAAGUUUACAUUUACUUAAACAUAUACUAAUUGUGCACCAAAUUUAAAAUAAAAAGUUCAUAUUUUUAUUGAAGGCUUUCCUAA